CGGUGAAAGCUUUCGUUCCGUGAUGGCAGUUUCCGGAUGGGCGGGCGGGGGGUGACUCAGAGCCGCGGCUCGGCAUAAAUACAGCGCGGCGCACCUGGGACCGGCACUGGAUCGCGGCGCUGCCGAGCCCCCGCCGAGCCGAGCCGAGCACAGCCCGCUCACAGCCCCGCACACGGCCAUGCUGCUGCUGCCCUGCGCCCUCCUGGCCGCGCUGCUGGCCGCCGGCCACGCCGCCAACCCUUGCUGCUCCCACCCCUGCCAGAACAGAGGGGUCUGCAUGACGACGGGACCCGAUCGGUACCAGUGCGACUGCACGAGGACGGGCUUCUACGGGGAAAACUGCACGACACCGGAGUUCUUCACGUGGCUCAGGCUAACUCUGAAACCGUCGCCAAACACUGUCCACUACAUCCUCACGCACUUCCAAGGAGUCUGGAAUAUCAUCAACAACAUUCCCUUCCUGCGGGAUGCUAUUAUGAGAUACGUGCUAACGUCAAGAUCACACUUGAUUGACAGCCCACCAACUUACAAUACUGAUUAUAGUUAUAAAAGCUGGGAAGCUUAUUCCAAUCUCUCCUACUACACAAGAUCCCUUCCACCUGUAGGACUUGACUGUCCAACACCAAUGGGUGUUAAAGGUAAGAAGGAGCUCCCAGACUCGAAGCUGAUUGUGGAGAAGUUUUUGCUAAGGAGAAAGUUUAUUCCUGACCCACAAGGCACAAAUGUGAUGUUCACAUUCUUUGCCCAGCACUUCACUCACCAGUUCUUCAAGACAGACCACAAGAAGGGACCUGGCUUCACCAAAGGCCUCGGCCACGGGGUUGACUUGAACCACAUUUAUGGAGAGACUCUGGAGAGGCAACUUAAACUGAGACUCCGAAAGGAUGGAAAGCUAAAAUACCAGAUGAUCGAUGGAGAAAUGUACCCCCCAACAGUGAAGGACACCCAGGCAGAGAUGCUGUACCCCCCCCACGUGCCGGAGCACCUGCGGUUCUCGGUGGGGCAGGAGGUGUUCGGGCUGGUGCCGGGGCUGAUGAUGUACGCCACGAUCUGGCUGCGGGAGCACAACCGCGUCUGCGACGUCCUCAAGCGGGAGCACCCCGAGUGGGACGACGAGCAGCUCUUCCAAACCACGAGGCUCAUCUUGAUAGGAGAGACAAUCAAGAUUGUCAUUGAGGACUAUGUGCAGCACUUGAGUGGGUACCACUUCAAGCUCAAGUUUGACCCCGAGCUGCUGUUCAACCAGCGGUUCCAGUACCAGAACCGGAUCGCAGCCGAGUUCAACACCCUGUACCACUGGCACCCGCUGCUGCCCGACACCUUCCAGAUCCAUGACCAGGAGUACACUUUCCAGCAGUUCCUCUACAACAACUCCAUCAUGCUGGAGCACGGCCUUUCCCACAUGGUGAAAUCUUUCUCCAAGCAAAGUGCUGGCAGGGUUGCUGGUGGGAAGAACGUUCCUGCUGCAGUACAGAAAGUGGCCAAGGCUUCAAUUGACCAGAGCAGGCAAAUGAGAUACCAGUCCUUGAACGAGUACAGGAAACGCUUCAUGCUGAAACCAUUCAGAUCCUUUGAAGAACUUACAGGAGAGAAGGAAAUGGCAGCUGAGCUGGAGGAGCUGUAUGGAGACAUCGAUGCCAUGGAGCUGUACCCAGGCCUUCUGGUGGAAAAGCCACGCCCAGGUGCCAUCUUUGGAGAAACCAUGGUGGAGAUGGGAGCCCCGUUCUCCCUGAAGGGACUGAUGGGCAACGCCAUCUGCUCCCCUGAGUACUGGAAGCCCAGCACCUUCGGUGGCAAAGUGGGCUUUGACAUCAUCAACACUGCCUCCUUGCAGAAGCUCAUCUGCAACAAUGUCAAGGGCUGUCCUUUCACUGCCUUCCACAUCCUAAGUCCUGAACCCACAGAGGCGACCAUUAACGUUAGUACCUCAAAAACAGCCAUGGAAGAUAUCAACCCCACACUACUGCUGAAAGAGCGCUCUGCUGAGUUGUAGAAACCCACCUAUUUAUUUAUUUAACUGUGUUAUUUAUUCUAUUUAUGGCUUAGUAUUUAAAAACUAGGAAAAAAAAAAAAAACACUUGAGCAUCUUCAUUGUGGGGGUUGCCUUAGAUUCCUUACUCAGGUAAGGCUUCCAUUUACAAAAAGGGAUUUUCUGUGUAUGAGCUGGACAGUGGUGAAUCCCUUGUUUAAAAUCUUCUGUAACAGAACUAUGUAUUCCAAAGUGGACAAAGGUUCCAACUCUUUUUUUUUUUGUGUUGUUUUAAUACUUGAUGAAGCGGGGUGGUGGUGGUUUUGUCUGCUUUGUCUGGUGGUUUUCAUAGGUCACAUAACACUACAAAAGCAAGUUUUUGCCUCAGCAGCUUAAACUUGAAAACAGCUGUUGACCUAAAAGAACAAGAAAAAUCUGACUUAAUGAAAACUGCCAGAAGAGAUUAUGAAUUCAGUAUGAGAACUCAAAGAUUAAUGAAAAAAUACAUAUACUUGAGACUCACUUAUUUAUGAAAGGUCAGAAAAUGCAUUGCAUUUGUCAUUGAUACUACCUCUCCUUCAUUGCUGAUAAGGCACUUUGUAUCAUAAUUUAUAUGUUCCUUAUGUGUAAAUCCACUUCUGGAUUCACAUGAAAACUUAACUAUUUUUAAAUACUUUUUUAUUAUUUAAUUUUUUUUAAAGAAAAUAGAGCUUUUCUUGGCUUCUACUUCUUUUUGAAGCGUGUGUCACAGAAGUAUUAGUUGUGUGAGGGGGUGAGAAUGAGGUACUGAGCUUAGCAAUAACUGACUCUUAGGCUGCAAUACAAGGCUGCUUGUGUUGGAAUACAGAUGUUUUUAUUGUGUAACUUUGGGGAGGUCUUAAACUUAGCCCAAGGUACUGGUAUUAUUUUCAUAGCUGUAGUUCUCUGGUUUACUUGAUAAUUUGAUGUCUGUCCCUCCAAGGACAGAAGGACAGUGUAGCUGUAGUUAGGCUGUGGCUCUGGUUUAGCUUUGUGCUCCCAAAACAGGGGGAUUAUUGGGGAGCAGUGAAAGCUGUGAGCAGCUGUGCAAACACACAGAAAGCAGAACACAGAGCAGAUUUAGCAGCAGAUUUAGCAGAUAUGUCUGUGUACACAAGUUGUACAUGCAGUUUGUAGUUCUACUUAUUGGGGGGAGGAGGGAUAAUGUUUUAUUUAUAAUUUAUAAACAGAGGCAUUUUAAGUAAUUGGCUUAAGCUUCAUUAAAACUGGCUAGCACAAAAACUCAUAUUUGUCCUGAUCCAGCACUAAAAUAUCUAGUCUCAU